GUAAUGGAUGAAAAGUAACUUGAACAAAGCAUGAUUUAGUUCCCGAGUGUUUUUCAUGGAAAUUGCCGCAGUAAAAUGGCAACACAAGAUCGUAACCCGUCACCGCCUACGGCCGAUCUGCUCAAUAUCGACCCUGAGCUCCUGCAUGCAGACACCAUAGGAGAUACGGUCUUCAGCAAGCGAUGGGUCUUCUCAACGCUCAUGAAACUACUCAAGGAAGUUGAAAAGGAGCCCGCCGGAAAGUCCUCCCAGGAGCUGGAUGCAGCAAAGGCUCAUGGGAUAGAUAUCGACGAGUCCCUCGAGGCAGACCUGUGCAAGCUGUGGGACAUGACGGCCAACCAGGACGUGGCAAAGUUUCUCCACGAGUGGAAGUCGUUGGACAUCCUGACGAGUGUUAUCGAGCAGACCACGGCUCCCAGAGUCACUGAGAUAUGCAUGGGUAUUCUUGCCAACAUGGCAUGUAGCAAGGACAUUGCCGGCCACAUCAGCAGCAACCAGAAAAUCAGGUCGUUGACGCUGGAUUUUCUAGGCAGUAGCGACACGCAGACCCUGAUACAGACUACCAGACUUCUCCUGACGUGUCUGUCCAGCAAAAUAGAGGAAACGGUAGGGUUGUGGCUUCAGCAAAUCACAGAGGAGUUCUGCUCCAAGCUUGCCUUCAUCUUGCAGAGUUCCACAAACAUCGAGCUCUUGUACAAUGUGGGUUUCAUCAUGAGCACUCUGUUCUCAUUGGACGAGACGCUCGUCCAGGAUUGGACAGACACGGAGCAGAUUGUCAGCGUCAUUGAAGCCCUUCGACAAGUCAGGUCUGGAGAAAAAUCAAGAAGUGGCCAAUCACGAACCAUCUCACUGCUUCUCAGUUGCCUAGAAAUAAUCGUUGCGGAUGAUGACGGCAUGACGAAUCUUGUUUCAGCCAGUGACACCGUUCUCCCCCUGUUGGCGGACUUCCUGUGGAGUUUCUGCGAGGAUGAAGUCGUGACGGUGGACGGCAGUGAGGGAAGUCUUGCCUCCACGAUCUACAUCGUCGAGGUUGUCAUAGCAAACAUGGAAGGAGCCAAUGAUAUUGUCGAGACGUUAAGCAAAUAUCCCAAACUUCUUAAAGGAGCCGUUGAGAUAUUUGCCUCUCUCUACUCGCAAAAAGCGGCGGUCGAACAAAAUCCCUCCGCUGACCAAUCAAAGGAUUCGUCCAGCCAAAACACGUCGGAAUCAAACAUCAAACAAAAAGACACCAAACCAUCAUCAUCAUCAACGGAAGAACAUUGUCUCAAUGAGAACAAAACAGGGACUGUUGCCAAGGCAACCGAUGACGUUGAUCAUGAAAAGGGUCAAGGGGACGCAUCACAGGGUCAGACGUCUCACUCCAAGACAGAAAAACUCACAGAACCUAAAACUCUCUCGGACUCCUCAUCGGGGCAUAGCUCAAACUCCCACAAUGCGCCAGUGGGGACAGACCGCAUCAUCAGGGAUGGCAGCACUGCUGUCAGUAAUCCAAGUGACGAUCACAGUGACGAUGCCGAUGAUGAAAGCCAUGAUAUCGAACGGAAGGAAUUAUCCGACAACCUGUCGUCGUUUUUUGUUUUCCUGUUGCGAGAGGCAGGGGGUAGUACAUCACAGUCGCAGGUGGCGAGCUUACUUCGUGACGCGUGCAGCCACAGGCACCGUUCCUUGCUGAGAGAAGGAAUGGCCAAAACUAAAGCCAAUCCUGAAAUACAGCAACUGCUCGCAGCGACACUCGGUGACGACACUUGAAGCAUUACUUAAGGAACACCCUUAACACACCCAGUCGUGUUUUGCCAUACUUCUGAGGACCCUUAUCGUUCCCUUCUGUAGUUCCUAUUAUUUACUACUACCAUGAGGUUUGUUUAUGAAAACCUCCUGAGGACUUGCACUCAGGUCCUCGGAGCUAUUGUUAUCACAGGUAGCCCAUUGUCCCAAGUCCUUAGUCGUAAAGGAUAACAAGAUGACAUGUUGAACACAUAGCCCAUUUUUGUUUUAAACAUGUGUCCUGUUUAAUACGUAUUCUUGGUGACGGACCCAAACCCUGCUGAAUCCAACAGGAUCCAACUAUGUCACAUACCCGAUGGAGCCUGUUGGAUUGAGCAGUCAACCCCUUGUGUACAUCCCUCAUGCAAAA